AUGGCGGGAAAAGUCACUUAUUCACGGCGCCCAAACAAACGUCGCGCACCUCACGACCGCGAUCCAGCAGAUGAGAACGACGACCGUCACAAGCGGAGCAAAACAAAUACCGAGCCAAAUGGAUCGCGGCUACCGACACCACCCUCAAGCCGACGAGGAAAGAAAUCCUGGUUCAACGGUCCCGUCUCCAUUCCUGAUGACGACAUGAACCCUCCGCGCUCCAUCUUCGAUAAGGUUCUCGAAAACAAGAAGCACCAAGCCCCAAAGCCGCAUCAGCGCAGUGCCCAGGGUGACCGUGAGAAUUUCAAAGGCCUUAUGAAAACGGGGCACAAGUCGAGAGAACAAAAUGGCUGGGCGAGGAACGGCUCUCUGCCAACGCCACCAGCGGAGGCCCAGAAGAAAGCCCACCAGCAAGCACGGAGAGAUGAGAAUUCCGCGCGGUACAAGGGAAUCACUCACAGGAGCGAGCCGGCGACACUCAAGUCGUCACCCACGGCGCCAAACCAGACAUCGCGGCUCUUCGAGCGGGUCAUUAAAAAUGAGCAGCCGAAAGCACCAUAUCAGCCGAAGACAUACAAAGCUGAGGAGAUUGCAGCACCACAGCGAACUAUAAUGGGGGAACGUCUGUCUAGAAGUUCAGACCAAGCCCGCAAGUAUGUCUCAGACGACACUCACCUUAUGCACAGAACUGACUGUAUCAGAUUCAAAAUGAACCAGACCGACUCGCCUCUCCUGCAGCUCCCCGAAAACGUGAGGAAUCUCAUCUACACUUACGCACUUGGUGGUAAGACUAUCAACAUCGGCUACCAGACCUAUCACCUUACCUUUGACCCUACAAAGCCCAAGAGGGUAAAGCGGGUUACACCCAUCUUCAAGUACCAGUGCACAGUAUGGGAUGGUAACCAGAAUCCCUCCAAGGCGAGAUCCCAGCCGUGGGUCAAGAGUUCCACGGUGUUUACCUUGCUCAACGGUGUCUGCCGUCAGAUGUACCAGGAAACAGCGACGCUGCCUUACAGGCUCAAUCUGAUCGCCUUCGACUCGUAUAGCAUCAUGUUCAAUUUCUUGUUCAUGGAGGACCGCCUGCGUCGCGAGCAUCUCGAUACCUUCACCGAGCUUGUACUACCGGACCAGCUACCCGGGUCAAAUGCACUCGCCCGCUUGAGCAACAUCAGCAAGGUGUAUCUAGGAGUCACACAGGAGGGAAAACCUAAGGGGUGGUACCGUGUAGUGCGUACUCAAGGCGAGGAGCCACGACUUGCAAGAGUCUUGAAGUAG